CGUCACGGCCACGCCGGGUGGGCCGAUGCGGCGGCGCCGGGAGCGGCCCGGGAGCACACCGGGAACACAGCGGGAACACAGCGGGAACACACCGGGAACACAGCGGGAACACACCGGGAACACACCGGGAACACAGCGAUAGCCCCGGAACGGCGGCAGCGGCAGCGCCGCCAUGGAGUACGUGAGCCCCGAGCAGCUGGCCGGCUUCAGCAAGUACAAGUACAGCGCCGUGGACAGCAACCCCCUGUCCCUGUAUGUCAUGCAUCCCUUCUGGAACGCCGUUGUCAAGAUCUUCCCUACCUGGCUGGCCCCAAAUUUGAUAACGUUUUCUGGCUUCCUGCUGCUUGUCUUCAACUUCUUCCUCAUGGCAUACUUCGACCCUGACUUUUAUGCUUCUGCUCCUGAUCACCAGCACGUUCCCGACGGCGUGUGGAUCGUGGUGGGGCUCCUCAACUUCAUGGCCUACACGUUGGACGGCGUGGAUGGGAAGCAGGCACGCCGCACCAACUCCAGCACCCCCCUGGGAGAGCUCUUCGACCACGGCCUGGACAGCUGGGCCUGCGUCUACUUCGUGGUCACCGUCUACUCCACCUUCGGCCGGGGCUCCACGGGCGUCAGCGUCUUCGUCCUCUACCUCCUGCUCUGGGUGGUCUUGUUUUCCUUCAUCCUCUCCCACUGGGAGAAGUAUAACACGGGGAUUCUCUUCCUGCCCUGGGGAUAUGACGUCAGCCAGGUGACCAUUUCAAUUGUCUACAUAGUGACAGCCUUUGUGGGAGUUGAGGCCUGGUAUGCACCUUUCCUGUUUAAUUUCUUAUAUAGAGACCUAUUCACUGCAAUGAUUAUUGCCUGUGCCCUCACUGUGACCCUGCCCAUGAGCCUGUACAACUUCUACAAGGCCUAUAAAAACAACACCUUGAAGCACCACUCCGCCUACGAAAUCCUGCUGCCCCUGGUGUCCCCGGUGCUGCUGUUCCUGCUCUGCACCACCUGGAUCUUCCUGUCCCCCUCUGACAUCCUGGAGGUCCAGCCCAGGCUCUUCUAUUUCAUGGUUGGAACAGCCUUUGCCAACAUCUCUUGCCAGCUGAUCGUGUGCCAGAUGAGCAGCACUCGGUGCCAGCCCCUCAACUGGAUGCUGCUGCCCAUCGCGGCCGUGCUGCUGCUGGUGCUGUCCGGGCUGGCUCCGGGCAGUGAGACGCUCCUGCUGUACCUGCUGACAGCCUUCCUCACCCUGGCACACAUCCACUACGGAGUGGUGGUGGUGAGCCAGCUGAGCCGGCACUUCCACAUCCGUCCCUUCUCGCUGCGGAAGCCCAGCCCGGACUGACUGGGGCCGCGGGAGGAGCAGACGGGCCCGCGGGCCGCGCCAGGACUGUAAAUACCCGCUGCAAACCGCCCUGUAAAUACCUGAGCCAUCGCCACGGAGCCACCCAAACCCGGGCAGGCCCGCUGCUCUGCCAUCCCCGCGGGCUCCCAGCUCGGCUUUUGGGUGGGCUGGAGGAGGAGCAGCCCUCCGGGUCGCUGUUUCUGUACCUUAGACCGGCUGAAUGUUCCCAGAGAAGCCUCUGCCUCCGGCCCUCCCUCGCUGCUUGGGGGCCAAGAGGCUUUAGCAGAGCAAAGCACCUUGGCCUGACACCCAAAGCAACGCAGCUGAUUCCUCCGGGGGCAGGGGGAUGGCCUGGUGGUCUGGGCAGUUCCUGGCUGUCCCCUGUGCUGGCCUGGGACUUUGGGAGCAGAUGGUGGCAGUUCUCCCACGUUCUGUCCUGCCUUCCUGCUUUUGGGCAAACACAUGCUAGCACCUCUGUUGUCUUUUUUUGGGUUUUUUUUGAGGGGGUAAAAAAAGGGCAAGCCAAUCAAAACUUGCAGUUCAAUCCUAAAAUUGGGGGGGCUUGGAAAAUCAGGGCACAGUUUCCCAAAGGAGUUUCCCAUAGGAGUGGGAGUGUGGCUUCUGCACGUUGUGUGGUACCCGGGACCACACCUCAACACGUUCCCGUGUGUCCGUGUGUGUUCCCAGUCUGGGAAUGGGGUCUGGGCUGUGGAGGGUGGCUGAGACUGCAGAGCCACCUCUCCCCAUUCCUGCCCCCAUGGAUUUGGCUCCCGGGGUCCUUCCCUGCUGCCCGAGCCUCUUUUCCACAGCCAGGAGCAGCCUGGCCCUUCCCUUCUGCAGUUCCACCACUGGGAGAAGCACCUGAAGGCCUGUGGUGCUCACGUGUGCUCCUUCAGGAUGUUCCCAGGGGUGGGAAUCCUUCGGACCCCCCUCUCCCUGUCCCCAGCACCCGCGUGUCUCAUCCAGGCAUCUCUUCUGUUUACUGUCCGCUCAUCAAAGAUGUCCCUGCGUUGAUUUUGUUUUUUAAUUCGUUUUUAUAAUUGACUUGGAGUGGGGUGGUGAAGACUGAACGCUGAUUUUCUUUCCUGUUGGCUCGAUUCAAACGAAGACCCGUGCUUGAAUGAAGAGUGUAGCUUAAACCCAGGCUCUGGAAAGGCUGCAUCCGGAAGAGAACAAGCACAGAUCCCGCAGGUGGAGCUGCCACGGGAACAAUUCCUUCAGACACCGACUGCUGUGCGAGCGUGGGGGCAUCACAGCUUGCCCAGAGCACUCUCCUGCUGCAGGGGAAGCCUCUUGCUGCUCUGGGAAGCCUUCAACGUGCAACUGCUGUUUCAUGCUUUUUCUUUUGGAAAUUGGAAUCACCGUCACGCCGAGACUGGAAGCGCCGAGGUUGAGCUUCGUGAGUUCUUGGUUUGCUCGGUCAGCCCCUGGGCACCUCAUGGUCAGCCUUGGCCACUCUGCUCAGCCCCUGGUCCCAGCACAGCCCGUGAGGAGCAGACUCACCCUUCCCAGGGCUGCCAUCCCUCGUGGGAGGCUCUGGAUCUCAGGGCUGCCGCGGGGCUGGGAGAGGGGGCCGAUGGUUUUCAGAGUUUAUUUAAUAAAGUAGCUUCCUCCAGUCCA